AUGAAUUCCGCCUCUUCCUAUGCGUUUCUUCCGUAUCCGUCAACCUCGCAGGUGACCUCGCCAGGAUUACAGCACCAGAAUCAACCUCAACAGUCGCAACAACCACAACAACCACAGCAGAAACAGCAACAGCAACAGCAACAGCAUCCACUUGGUCCAGUGACCACUCAACAACAACAGCAACAGCAGCAGCAACCUCAACAACCUCAGCAGUCGCAACAAUCGCAACAACAACAGCAGCAGCAACAACAGCAGCAAGACUUGACACAGGAUCUUUCUGCCCCUCCGACCCCGCUGUCAUUGCAUCCCUCAUUGCAAACUUCUUCUGCAGGUGUCUCCGUUUCUGGGUCCCUGGCAGCAUCGCCAGUCAGUGUUAGUAACAACACACUCAGCAACGCUUCAGGUCCCACGCUUGCAAGCCAUGGACAUCCAACCAUCAACACUGCUAUACUCACAAGCUAUGGCAAUAUGUUGCCAUCACCGCAAUCCUCUCAAGUCCCUUCUACCCCUACCACUGCUACAUUGCUCCCUUCAACUCCACCACCACACACUGCGGAUCUAGAUUCAAUUCUAGCAACCUAUGCGAAUCAGCCCGAGUUGCUUAAGCUUAUUAUUGCCUCUAAAACAGAGGAAGACCGGCGCUGGGCUGAGGAGGCUCGAUUCAAGAUGAUGGAUCUGAUCAUGAGAGGCGAGAAUCGAAAUCUCAUCACAGGCUAUGAAGGAUUGCUUGGUCAAGUUGUUCCAGGCCCAACUGCAGGGACACCCACAUCAACCAUCCCUACUGGUAACAUGGGGACCAGCCCUACAACAAGUACUGUAGCUACAAGCACUAUAACCACGAGCACUGCUACCAUCCCUACUACUACAACUACAACUUCUAGCGCCUUAGGCCUGGCAGUUUCUGGAAAACGUUUUAUGGAUAAUGCGUUUGAUUCGCAUUCUGGAGCAGCAAACUCAGGAAAUGGGAGUGGAGGGAGCAAUGGCUUCGCUCAAGGAGCAGAUCUGGCUCUUGCCCGUAAGAGAUCUGUUACUUUUGCCAGAGAUGUACACCAUGGUCAUCUGCGCUCACAAUCCAUGUCCUCGGUACCAUCACUCUCCAGCACAGGAUCGACUAUAACCGCUUCCGCUGAUCAGUUUGGUACGCUAUCAAUGAUGGGCUUGACCGGACCCAACACAGCUCUUCAGCAACAGCAACAGCAUCACCCUCACCAAAUACCAUCGCACCCCUCACUGAAUCAGUUGGCACCAUUCACAUUGCAGCAACCAUUCCAGCAACAGCAUUUUCAGCAGCACCAGAGUCAGCAAUCGAACCAGAUGCAGCAGGUAGCCCACCAGCAGCUGCCACCACACUUUGGCCAAUACCCACAACCUUUUCCAUAUCAUACUAUGUCUCAGUUUCAACCUCAAAACGUUAUUCGUAGAACAAGUUCGCUCUCACACCUCUCACACUUUGCUCAGAAUCCACACGCAACAGUGACCGAACCUCGCCUAGCCGCAAGUCGACCAAGGAAUGACAGUGCUUCUUCGUUCAGAACACUAGAUGACAGUGGUAUGUGA